AGCUAUAGGAUUACAUUUUAAAUAUACAAUGGUUAUUACUCACCCAUUGUGCUAUAGUUUUGUGAAUUGCCCAACCCUUCUAAACACAAAUGCUUUUGUGUUCCUGCGUUCUUUUCCGGGCAAUGAAACGGUUACUUGAAGAGUUAUUCUGGGAAUGGAGUUGAUGGAAUUUUGACUCUGGGGUUAUGUGCUGACGCUUUCCUGUAAGCAAGGCUGACAUUAUUUAUAGUUUUCUUCUCUUGAAUGGGAUGAUCCUGGAAGGGUUAGUUUUUUGGUAUCUUGCUGAUGGAGAGAUCAUGACUUUUCAAGCGAUAGUUUUGUUUCAUGAAGGCAUGACUACUUGGAAACUGGAUAAUUAAUCUGCAGUGAUGGAAGGCAAGGGGCCUUAUCGUAUCUACGACCCUGGUGGCGGGACACAGGAGGAAGCAUCUGCUGCCUUCGAACGGCUGGUGGAGGAAAAUACCAGGCUGAACAAGAAGAUGCAGGGGAUUAAAUCAUUAGGGGAGCUAUUGGAAGAGUCUCAGUUAGAAGCAUCCAGAUUGCGUCAGAAAGUGGAGGACCUAGUGAAGGACAAUGAAAUGCUAAGGUCGACCUCAUCUCUUGACAAACUUGCUGAAAUAGCAGGAGCAGUCCCAGAUCUUUGUUCUUCCCCAGAGGGUUCAGGUGACAACCAGAAGGAGCUGGAAAAAGCCACCCGGAAGCCAUCCUCCACAGGGUCUUCAUCCGAGUUUGAAAUUGUUGGUGCUGAAGAGAAGAAAUUAUCACAAGAAAGCAGCAGAAAAUCUGAUCUAGAAAACGAGGACACCAACCUUAUGCCCCACCUCCAGCGCUUGGAGAACACGCUCAGCCUUUUUGCUGAGGAGUCUGACAAAACCCAGCUCUUUGCCCAUCUGGGGCGCAUGGCUGUGGAGUUCAACCGCCUGUCCUCCAAGGUGCACAAGAACGAACAGAGAACUUCCAUUCUUCAGGUCCGAGGGCUGCUGGCAUUAUGUGAGCAGUUGCGGAAUGAGAAUGAAGAGCUCAGGGUGAAGCUAGAGAAGGAACUAGAGCAAAGGAACCAGGUGUCAGAGAAGCUGAGGUGUGAGAAUAUGGAGCUCAGGAAGAUGGUAAUGAAUGGCAACAAAGAAGACAGGAAAGCGGAAGUCACAGAAUGUGCUGCGGAGCAACAGAAGGGAGCCAUGGAGGAGAAAACAACAGGGAAAAGCAUGCUGGGGACAAGUGAGAAGAGAGUGAAAAUACUCGAGCACCAGCGCAAUGAGUUGCUGGAGGUGAAUAAGCAGUGGGACCAUCAUUUCCGGUCCAUGAAGCAACAGUAUGAGCAGAAGAUAACAGAUCUACGGCAAAAGCUUGCUGACUCCCAGAAGACUUUGGGGGAAUUGGAAGCUGAACGAGAACAGAAGCAGAGGGAUUUUGACCGCAAACUACUUCUAGCAAAAUCCAAGAUUGAAGAAGAGGAGGCAGAAAAGGAGAAAUUGAGUGGGGAGGUGAAGGACCUCAAACAGAGGAUGAAGACCCUUCAGGAUCAAUUGACUCCAGUCACCAGGCAAAGAGAGUACCAGGAGAAGGAGAUUCUUCGACUAAAUAAGGCCUUAGAAGAUGCCCUGAAUGUUCAAGCCUCUGCUCCUUCCCCAUCUGCCUUCAGCAACCCCAGCAUGAACAUCCGGCAUCAUGAGGUGGCAACCCAGAAUGAGCUCCUGAAGCAGCAGGUGAAGAUCUUCGAAGAGGACUUCCAGCGGGAGCGGAGUGACAGGGAAAGGAUGAACGAGGAGAAGGAAGAGCUGAAGCAGCAGCUGGAGAAGGUCCAGAAGCAGUUAAUGCUUACCAACAAUCAGCUGCGGGUCUUUAAAGAGGACUACUAUAAAGAGAAGGAGGAGAAGGAGAAGUUCAAGAAACUGCUCAAGCAGCACAAACAGCAUUCUGGUGACAGACUGCAUCCGGAUCCUCAGCCAGGACCAGUGGCCCCAGUUUGCCCCAUGUACCAGUUCCAGUGUUCUCCUCCAGCCCAGCCACACAUGUAUCAUGGUUAUGAGGACUGGCAGCAGAUCCGAUACCCACCAUCAGCUAUGGCAAAUGAGCGUCCUUUGGUUCAGAAUUACCACCGUUUCCCUCCUCCAGAAUAUACCUGGUAUCCACAUUGUGUUGUAUCACCAAAUCCAAACUCACAAGCAAUGGAAGGUGCAAAACAGCUUCCCAAGGAGCCCGACCCAGCAGCUCUUGGGUUGCCUAAAAACCAAAGGCCAGCUUAGCUCUGUGUUGAUGUGUGUGCACGGAAACCUCAGAAAUAGUAUUGCAAUUUGCGUGGGAUCCUGCACGAGCAGAUAACCUCCUUGUGCUUCUGGACACUGUUCACAUUCAUUUGUGUAUAUAGGAUAUGCACAAUUGGACACUUCAGGUAACAGCAGCUUUAGUGGGAUUUUCUGAACACAUAUGGCACAUGCUGCCAAGGACGGACAGUGACCCAGUGCUUCGGGGAGAUCCCGGUGUAAGAAAUCAACCUGGGUGUCCCACUUUCCCACAGCAUUUUGGAUCAAUUGCUUUUUCUCUCCAAUUGCCAUCAAGGAUUCUGCUGUGAGGAGGCAGCUGUCAGAUUCCAGUAGCCAACACUGCAAGUCCAGCAUCAGCAGAACCAGCAUUUCCAGUUCCUGUGCAGCAUGACUGCUUUUAUGAUAUGGCACUUUUGCAUUUGUUGGCAGCAGAAAUAUUCUGUGCACCGAGUGUCUUUUGCAGGGCAAUGGUUGUUUUAUUGUGGCCAGUGCCCAGAAAGGUUAAGGACUUUGCAUUGUUGCAAAGAAAGAUUGAAAGAAAAGGAAUUAAAUCCUUUUGAUUUUGUUUUUUGCUUCUGGUUGUCUAUAGUGUAUAGGAAUAAAAUUGAAAGUAACUUUUUUCAUUUUGAAUAUGUUCAUGUCUGUCAUAGAACUCACAGUUCUAGUCCAGUGGUUUUGACUGAGCACAUGUUAACUUGAUUCUCCAAUGCAUUGUAUUGCUGUUCAACAUGGUUUAAAAUGAAUAUUGGUUUAUGUAAUGCACCAAGGUCUCUGCUUAUACAUCUGUCUUAAACAUCCUAGAGCAUGGUGAUCACUCUUCUGUUUCCUUUAGCCAGAACUUCAUUGCAGCAUCUCACUUGAUCCCGCAGCACGCAGAAAGAAUGAAAUUUCACCUUACCUAAAUGUUGGGUGACAAUAACUUCUCUCAGUCAUCAAGCUGGCCCCUCUUGGACACAGCUUGCCGGACUAGAUAGAUCUAUUGCUUGAUCUAGUUGGGCACUUUUUAAAUAUUCUUCUAGUGGGGUGAGAGUGUGAAGGAGAAUUGUUGAUCUUUGGGUCCUGAUCCAAUGAAAUACGGUGGAUUUGUCAUAAUGAAGAGCUGCACUGAUGAUGGAGGUGGUGGGCUGGCUGGGAAAGUACAAAGUCAAGACCUCUGUGGAGCUAUCAAGGGUAAAAUCAAAGCAUAAAAACUCUUCUGUAGAUGGUGUUGCUGAUGUUACUGAAACAAACCUCAUAGGUCAUGAGGACUAGCGUCUUCCUUACCAUCACUAGUUAUAUGAAUCAGGAUCAAUAGCUUUGUUGUUACCACAGCUUAAAUAGGCUGCGAUUAACACUGUUGAUCUCAAGAGGAUCGAUAGGAAUGAAAUAGUGAAUGUGAUUGUGGCAUUCUGAUUCACUGGUUUCAUAUGUAGCUCCCUCUUCAACCACCUCAUCCUGCAGACUUGUCACUCCUAGCAAAAUAAUAGCAGACUUAGGAAAGCUGAGAGGCUUCAUUUAAAAUGGGAAGUACCUCACAAUGUGCAUAGACGAAAGAAGAAAUGUUAGGCGUAUGAUGGGCUUUACAGGGACAACUUGGAUAGACGAUGAAUAAGAAAGCUCGAAGCAAGUGAAUAGAUGGGAAUCACAUGGCUAAUUAUCUCCCCUAAGAAGAAAGAUUAUAUUAGUUGGGGCUUUAAAAAAAGUGGGGAAGGGGAGGUAUCAUAAAUAAUGCAUGGCAUGGGGAAAGUGGACAAGGUAGAGGUUAAUUUCAGCCUCUAUAGUAAAAAGAACAUGGGAUCGGCCAAGAACCUGAUGCAUGGAAGAUUCAGGACAUGUAAACGGAAGAACAUUGUCAGACUGUGCCAGAAAAAACUGUGGAAUUUGUCACAAGAUGUAGCUACAGCCAAGUGGAAUGGGACAAAUGUAUGGAGGAGAAAGCUAUGAGUGGCUGCUUAUCCUGAUGGCUGUAUGUUACCUCGAAGAACCAGUUGCUGGAAAUAUGGAUUGGCAGGUGCUUCCAUGCUCCUAUCCUGUGAGCUUCCCUUAGAAAGCUGGUUGGCCAUGAUACGAACAGCAUGGUUGACUUAGAUGGGCUUCCGCACUGGUCCAGCAAGGGCCCUUUUACAUUCUUAGCAUAAGAGGAGUCGUGCUGGGGGAAAAAGCCACUUGGAUAGAGAUGGGGGAUGGGCUUUAAGCAGCCUGCGACCAGCAGACAUCUUGGUGAAUAAGGCUCACCAAGGAUCAUUGUCCCUAGGGUACCAUGAUGCCCUUUAUGUUCACAUUUCUGUAACACAUAUGGAUUCACUUGUUUCAAACGCAGAGUACUCCAAGCUUUCAAGUGCUUUUCUGGCCAUCCUAAUUAUUGCAAACAAUACACUAGAAGUAGCAUCAACUGCUUUUUACAUGCUGCUCUAAAUAUUGGAAUGUUCAAAUAUUAAUGUCGAGGCCCAUUUGAAACUAGAAUUGAUGCUAACAGAUAAGCAGCCAUCAAGCCCUUUGGGCCAUAAUUCUAGAAUGGUUCCCUUCCCCCACACUCCUUGCCUUCGAGCAAAGAAAAAUCCAUUUCUAAAAUAUUUACACUGCAAGGACAAAGGCAUACCACCCAGAAAGUGUGGUAUGCGAGUACUUCUCUCUACAACUCCACCUAUUCAUUGAGUUUAACUUCAGUCAUAGGAAAAUAUGUGUAAAUCAUAGAAAAUAAUUAUACCCUAGAGAGCGGUAAAGAAAAGAGAAUACAAUCUACUUUUUUCCUGUGUCUACAUCUUCCAAACAUUUACAGAGGCUCUUUGCACACCUUGCCACUGUGUUUAGACAUGCUAAUAUUUUUGCUAGCUAGACUUCCUGUUUUGUAAAUGUUUAGGACAUUUUGUUUGUACAAAGUGCUCUUAAUUAUAAAUAUUCAGUUUAUUUUAUCUUUAAUAAAGUACAGGUUUUCCUUUGCCA